AUGUCAACCUCAGCCGUCGCUAAGAAGCUGGUCGUGUGCGGAGGAAACGGCUUCCUCGGGUCAAGGAUUUGCAAAUACGCCGUCGCAAGAGGCUGGAAUGUCACAUCCAUCAGCCGCUCGGGCGAGCCCAAAUGGUCCGCUGUGACCUCAUCACCGGCCCCUCCUCAAUGGGCACACAAAGUCUCCUGGGAGCGCGCCGACAUGCUCAGCCCCGUGACCUACGCCCCGCUCCUGAAGGGUGCCGACUUUGUCGUCCACAGCAUGGGUAUCCUCCUCGAGGCCGACUACAAGGGCGUCAUCUCCGGCCAGGAGUCUCCCGUCUCGGGCCUGCAAAAGGCCUUUGCCCCCGUAAAAGACCGUGGCGUCGACCCCCUCAAGACUUCGUCCGAGGGUGGUGACCUGAAAACCGCCAACCCGAAGGACCAGUUCUCCUACGAGGUCAUGAACCGCGACAGCGCCAUCGCCUUGGCCAAGCAGGCCAACGCCGAGGACGUAAAGGCUUUCGUGUACAUCUCGGCCGCCGCCGGCGCUCCCGUCCUUCCCGCACGGUACAUUACGACCAAGCGCGAGGCUGAGAGCACCAUCGCCAGCGAGUUUCCGCGCAUGCGCGGCAUCUUCCCGCGGCCGCCGUUCAUGUACGACAGCUCGAGGAAGUUCACACUGCCGCUGGCUGCCAUGACUGGCGCCGGUGCGCUUUUCAACAGGCUAACGGGAGGUGUGCUGAGCGGGUUCAUGGGCGCGAGCGGGGUGAAGCCCCUGCCGGUCGAGACCGUCGCGGAAGCAGUGGUGGAAGCGCUCGACGACGUGAAGGUUCAGGGUCCGGUUGAGGUGCCCGAGCUCGAGGAGCUGGCGAACAAGGGUUGGAGGAAAACCAUGCUGUAA